AUGGGAAGGAGACGGGCGUGUCUCUUACCCGGACGCCCGGUUACCCGGGCGUCCUCUUACCCGGGCGUCCUCUUACCCGGGCGUCCUCUUACCCGGACGGCCAGUUACCCGGGCGUGCCUCUCACCCGGACGUCGCCGGUGACCGGUCUCUUACCCGGACUUUUCUCUUGCCCCGGCGUCGCUAGUUACCCGGCUUCCCCUACCGGCUUCCCCUCGCCGCCAUUCCUGCCAAGCUCGUUGUCACUUCCCAACACUCUUACCCGGCCUCUCCUCAUCGCGCUCCCUCCCGCGCUCCCUCCCGCGCUCCCCUCGUCACCCCCGUCCUUCCCUCCCUGUCCCUGUCGCCUACGGACUCUCUUGCCGCCCGCGUGCCCUUACCCGGCCUCCUCCCCACAGGCCGCGCCCUUACCCGGCCCUCCCCUGGACCCCCAUCUCCUCAUCGCUCCGUCCCCACCGCCCCGCCCGGCGCUCCACACCGGCCGCGGAGCCCGUUACCCGCCCUCCAUACCACCCGCCACCCGCCUCCGCUGCCGCCCGUCCCCGUAG